GGACGGGGACAGGGACGAGGACAGAGAUGGCUGCCCCCAGCCAGCCCCACCAAGCCACCUACGACGCCAUUGUCAUCGGGGCCGGCAUCCAGGGCUCCUUCGCCGCCUACCACCUGGCCCAGCGCCACAGGGACACCCUCCUGCUGGAGCAGUUCAUCCUGCCCCACUCGCGGGGCAGCUCGCACGGGCAGAGCCGCAUCACCCGCAGCGCCUACCCCCGAGCGCCCUAUGCCCGCAUGAUGCCCGACAGCUUCCGCCUCUGGCAGCGGCUGGAGGCCGAGGCCGGCACCAGCCUCUACAGGCGGACGGGGCUGGUGGUGCUGGGGCCGGCGGGCAACCCGGAGCUGGAAGGCUGCCGGCGCAGCCUGCGUGCCGGCGAGGUCCUCGACGCCACGGCACUGGCCCAGAGGUUCCCUGGCCUCCGGCUCCAUGCUGGCGAGGUGGCCGUGUGGGAUGGCACCGGUGGGGUGCUCUUCGCCGACCGGGCGCUGCGGGCGGUGCAGGACGUCUUUCGCCGGCACGGGGGCACCCUGAGGGAUGGGGAGAAGGUGCUGCGCAUUGAUCCCGGGGCCAUGCUCACCGUCACCACCACCGCCGGAGCGUACCGAGCCCCCCGGCUCAUCAUCGCGGCCGGAGCCUGGACCGGUGCCCUCGUGGCACCCCUGGGUCUCCAUCUGCCGCUGCAGCCCCUGCGCAUCGACGUCUGCUACUGGAGGGAGAAGGAGCCGAGGAGCCCCGGCACAGGCAGAGCUGGUCCUUGCUUCAUGGCCCUGGGGCUGCGCCGAGCCCCCCACGGCAUCUACGGGCUGCCCCCCCUCGAGUAUCCAGGGCUGGUCAAGGUGUGCUAUCACCACGGCAGCCCCGCUGACCCCGAGGAGCGGGAUGGGGUCCCCCUGGGUGCCCCCCACCCCGACAUCGCCCUCCUGAGCAGCUUCAUCAGCAACUACCUGCCUGGGCUGGAGCCCCGGCCGGCCGUGGUGGAGACCUGCCUCUACACGAACACCCCAGAUGAAGACUUCAUCCUGGACAAGCACCCCAAGUUCAGCAACAUCAUCAUCGGGGCCGGCUUCUCGGGCCAUGGGUUCAAGCUGGCGCCGGUGGUGGGGAAGCUGCUGUGUGAGCUGAGCCUGGGUGAGGAGCCGUCCCACAGCACGGCCCCCUUCGCCAUCACCCGCUUCCCCGGCGUGCUCCGGGCUGCGCUGUAGGUGCAGGGCCCCAGCCGUGCCUGCACGGCAUCCCACCGGCCUGCAGCUGUGUCCCUGCAUCCCGGUGUCCUUACAUCCCAGUGUGUUGGCAUCCCCACGUAUCUCCAUCUCCCUGCAUCCCGGUGUCCCGAUAUGCUGCACCCCAGCACCCCUCCACCCCCACACCCCAGCUACUCUGCAUCCCCACAUCCCCAUACUCCACAUCCCAGCACCCAGCAUCCUGGCACCCCUCCAUCCCAGUAGCUCCCAUCUGUGCACCCCAGCACCCCUCCAUCCCCACAUCCCAGCACCUUGGCAUCCCCAUACCCCCGCAUCCCUGCUACCUGCAUCCCAGCAUCCCUCCAUCCCCACAUCCCGCAUCCCAGCACCCCUGCAUCCCUGUACCCCUGCAUCCUGCCAACCCAGUACCCCCCACAUCCCAGCAUCCUGGUACCCUGCCUCCCCACAUCCCAGCAUCCCCAUAUCCCUGCAUCCCAGCAUCCCGCAUGGUGCCAAGCUGUCUGCCGAGCACCCGCUCCCCAGAAACAAAUUAAGGAGCUUUGUCAGCCUCAUGAAGAUGGAGCUGGAACAGUGCAGACACACUCGCUUAGGAGUCAAGUUAAAUGUUUUAAUGUUAAA